GGAACUGUAAAUAUGUUUACCAGUAAUUUAAAGUACAAAUCUUAAGCAUUAAUUCCUUUUCGCAAUAUAAUUUACAAUAUAAUUAUGCCUUUAUUUUAUUGGAAUGUAUUAUAAAAAAAAUUAAGGUAACAAUGAAAGUAGUACAAAAUAUGUUGUCCUCCAUCUUUGUUUUUUUCCUAAUUGGACGUAUAGCCAUUCACUUUUUAGGGCAUAAGCUAAUGCUUCUUUUUGAAGAAUAUUAAGCUCGGUCAUUUACAAUUUAUUGCUUCAAUAAUUUAUUAUGCUUUUCAUCCACUCACAAAACUAAUAGAAAGAAAUUCUAUAUUCCUUUGUUAUACUAAAAAAUCACAUCACAAUGAUCUUUGACCAUAAGCUCCAUUCUUCCUAGGCCUGUAUUUAGGUAAAAUUUGGCUUACUUGAUGAAGAUGUCAGCUGUGUCAAGUUUGUGUGUGUGUAAAACUUUUAACUAUCCCUAAUUAUCAUGAUGCUUAUUUUAAUUGUUUUUCCACUAAACAGUUCUGUUUGGGUAGCCCCCUCCCAAACAAAACAAAACCAGAAGCAAAAAAAAAACCUCCCAAAUAAUCUCAUGUACAAAUGGACACUACACUUGUUAAGGGUAAUUUAAUUAUUAUUAGAUAGCUUUACUGUUCGGCACUGUACAAGAGCGCCUGAUCUGAACACUGUACACACAGCUUAGCGAUCUGCUCUAAUUGCUUUUUUUAUGUGCAGGGGUGCACAGAUAAAACCAUGCCGUUUGCAAAAGCACGGUGCUGCGUUACUUAUUCUUCUUUGUCGGCAGGCCCUGCCACCUGCCACUCACCCCUCCCCUCACGUGACCUCACUGACAUUUUGCCUUCCUCUGCGCCUGCGCAAGAUCUCCCCCCCCCCCCUACUCCCGCACAGCUAGGCACACACACACCCUCCCUACCCAGUGUCAAGAUGGCCACUGUAAAGCGAGGGGAUAUUCUGCACAAAAACACAAGCAGGGGUCGGCCGCCAAAGCCCGACAAGGAAAGAAAACAGAAACAGCGGCAAGCAUAUCAAUGGCGGGAUGCACGUCGGGUUUACCUUGCAGGCUCUUUUGAAAGAUGGCGGAAACUGCGUGGACGACUGCAAUUAAAAGAUUCGAGCCUCGCUUGGCAUUUGCUGGAGACUCACGACAAAGGAUGUGACAGGUGUAGCCCAUCUGGAGUAAAUGCUACUGUUGCCAUGGGACCAGAUGAUGAUAGUGGGUCUGCAAGUGUUGUUGAACAGGAAAAGGAUCCGAGCCAGUUUUACCCAGGGUUAAUUGCAGCACUCAGAAGGUUGUGCCACGCACACCUCACCUUUUCUGAAUGUGUAGAAGUGAUGGGAUUAAUAUGUGUAGAAAUAGAUCACAUGAGAAAAGAUAACUAUAGUUUAAAGGAAGUAGUGUGUAAUGGGUCACGACCUAAAGGUCGUGUUCAUGAACGUGAUCAAGCACAACAUGAAGCUAUUGAAGCAGAUGCUGUCUCGGCAGCCCUGAGUUGUGGUGGAAGAGGACUAGAAAGAGUUAGUACCCAGAAUGUUGGCAGCCUGGAUAUAACAUCUGAGGUUAACAGUAAGACAGAUUGUGAUAUUUCUGUUGAUGUUGAAAAUAGAUUGGGUGGUGAUGAAGAAGUGAACAAUGAAGGUCUUUCUUUGAAUAAUAGUUAUGUUGCUGAUGGUUUCUUGCACACAGCGCAUGAAAACAGGGAAGGCAUCUCCUUGUCAUCAGUGCCCUCGGACAGUACAAGAAAUUACCAAUCAGUGCCUCAUACUUUAGAGGACAUGAUGGAACAGGGAAAAGAUGCCUCUAAUAACUCUUACCAAGUUCUUUCACGGACAGAAGCAAAAAGUGACAACAGAACUUCAGUGAUGACAGAUCAUCUUUCCAAUACUGAUAAGAACCGAGAUUUUACCCAGGAAGACAUGGGCAACUUUGCUGUCAGACCUAGUGUUGUUCAAGUUACAGGUAGCACUGAGGUUAGGUCGGCAGCAAAUACUGUCCUGUCUCGGACAUCACCAUGGUCUGAUACGAAUGUCUGCAGUGAGGAAAGUGUAUCUGGAGACAAUGUUGCACUUCAUGAGAUUCCAGUUUCGCACAGUGCCAUUCAGAAUUCACCCUAUGCCUCAGAAGAGAAUGUGACUUCACGUGAAGUAAGAAGUUCUGGUUCAGAUCAAGUUUAUCGUGUGGACCUAACUGUCUAUGAUCAAGAGAGUCCUCAAGAUUCUUUAUCUAUGAUGACUGAAACAAGUUCCAGUGAAACUGCAUUAAUGAAUGGAGUGAAAUCAGAUCCAGAGAUUAAUGCUGUUCCAAAAGGGGCUGCCACUAGGGAGAGCAGGGUAAAUUUUGCCAAUACUUCCGGAUGUGCUGCACGUCCAACAGUUAUCAAGAAGGAACCUGGGGGACUGGACUUGCCUGUGGAUACUUCUAAUGCAGGGGCAAUGACUUCUUUCCAUGACAGCAGUGUUUUAGAUGAAGCAGAUGUGCCUCUUGACAUGUCAGUGGUGAAGGAUGAAGACCCUCUCAGGGGAAGUAAUAGCCACAUGACGCUUUCCCAUCAACCCGGAGAAACAUCUAGCAGAGUUGGAGGACAUAUACCCCUACAGAAUAAUGCUGCUUUAUCAGAAAAUGGGGGACUCUAUCCUGCCUUAGAUGGUUCACCUGAUUCAGAAAGUGCAUCAACUUUACCAGCAUCAAGUACCAGGCUAGCAGCGGAUUCACCAGCAGGCACACCCAGCUCUCCAGGCAGCAGAACCUGCAGUACACCUAUCACAGGUGAAACAGUGUCUUCGCCUACCUCCUCCAUGGCUGUGCUGCAGCAAUAUGCAGAUCAUAUUUUCCAUUCUCAGAUGGCAUCAUCACACAUGUCAUCUCACCUGGAUUCUACAGGUGAUAGAAAGCGGCGACUCUCCGAUGGAGAUUGUGUAGGAGAUGGUGAAGGGGGUCCACCCUGGGUAAGAAGAGACAUGACUCAGAAGACAGAAUAUCAGUACCUAGAAACUGACCCAUUUAUGGACUUUGGGGAAAUGUCACGAAGCUUUCCAAAUAUGCAGCAGCGCACCUUUUAUCGCUGGAAACGGCGUAUUAAAGACCAGUUUAUUUUCCUGGAGCAGAGACCAACAUGGACGUAUUCACAGUUUUCAGCCUGCUUCCCACAGGUGAGAGAGCAGGUAUUUCAUCACUGGAGGAGCAUGAUGGCUCGUGGCCAUCGCUUUCUUGCAGACACCACAAAAACUCCUGUGCUGGCAAACUUAUUUGGUAGCUCUCAGUUCCCAGCAGACUCUGGGGCAUACAAAGAUAAUGGCUCCGAAGGCCAUCAAGAUACAGAAUCAGAGGACCGUGAUGAUAAAGAGGAUGGAGCUAAAGAUGAAGAGGAAGAAAGAGAUGAGACAACAGCACAGUAUAUAUUCCUUCAAAAGAAUCUUGGUCUAGAAGCUGAACAGUUUGCUCAGAUUUUCCCUGGUGUUUCAAGACAGACAUUUUAUGCAUGGAAGAAGCAAAUCCUCAUUGAUUUUAUAAGGCUGCAGUCAAAUCCACAGGUCACAUAUCAAGAGUUUCGGAAACAUGCAUCUGUUACUCAGGAUGUAUUUACUCUUUGGAAAUCCCAAGUAGCACUUGCUGGGAGCCACAAUCCUGUCACAACAACUUGUACUCCUCUGUCUACUUUGCCACAUAGUUCAACAGCCCCGAGCCUGCCUCCUCUCUCACUGUUAGCAGCUAAUGCAAACAGCGAACACCUGAUGGCAAGUGCAGAACUGGCUUCUUGGUACCGAAGCUAUGCUCCUUUGAUGGGGCAGAUGGCAUUACCACUGUGGUCUCCUUUGCGGCUAAUGUCUGGUCAUGCUUUAACUUCCUCAUCCAGUUCUGCCCAUACAGGCCUGAACACAGAGAGGGAUCAGCAUGAUGAGAGAGACAACAAGCCUGUGAGAAGUGCUGAGAGUGGCAGGGGUGAAGUAGGUGAACGAGACCUGACAAAGGAGAAUGAGGUGAAUACCAGUCUGCAUCAGCCUGUUAUGGUGGCAACAGAUGGCAUUGGAAAUCAUUGUGGUAGGCGAGUGAGCAUGAAGCCAGAACAGUACUACUUUCUCCAGAACCCUGAUAUCAGUCACUCAGCUUUGUGCCGACUUUUUCCUGGUGUUUCUGCACAGCGCUAUGCAAGAUGGCGUCGCAAGGUUGCUUCUUCUCUUGCACUGCUUCAACGUGAACCACACUGCACAGACGAACAGUUUGCACUCUACUUCCCAAAUGUCCCAAGUGAGAUCUUGGCCUCAUGGCGGCGACGUGUUGAGCAAGGGCUUGCUCUUGCUCCACUUGGUACGCAAGACAUAGGACCGGAACCAGCACUACCAUCGAGAAUGAUCGCACCCAUCUCCCCAGUCUCUAACACACCUGUGCAGCAGUCUCAUGAUCUUAGUGUCAGUUCUGACAGAGGAACAGAAGAAGCACCAAAUUUUUUGUUAGAGAGAUCAAGGUUGGAUGGGGGUGAUGGGCUAAAACAUCAAGACACCAGUAUUGAGCGUAUAGAGCCUUCUCAUCUUUCCCCAACACAGGGAUCAUCCCGAAAGCGUCAUAAACCCAGUCGAGAGGAGUUUCUUUUUGUACAAAGAUGCCCUCAGGUUGAUUUCACAACAUUUUCCUCUUAUUACCCUGGCAUUUCUGUUCGCACAUUUUAUCGCUGGCGCCGUCAGGUGAGAGAUGGAAUGAACUUGCUGCGGUCAGAACCUUCCAUCACACUGCAAAACUUUCAGCAGCUGUUUCCUGAUGUCUCUGAAGAAGUUUUUUACACAUGGAAAGCCAGCAUACAGGAAGAGAAUGUUGCAGUCAGUGCCACAAGCCACUCGGGAGCAUUGGAGAAUUGUGCCAGCCAAAUGUUGGAACCUUCAAGGGAUACUUUAACAGAUGACAUGCUGUCCCAGCCAGCACAUGCCACUGAUGUGCUUCCAUCACGAGUGCCAGAUGUGGAAAUGGCACUGGUGACAGAUGAUACAGAAGAUCAGAAGCAGAAAUGUCGACCAGAACAGCUAUUGGUGCAUUUGCAUCCUUACAUGGACUAUGGAGAAUUCAGUCGCACAUACCCUGGUGUGUCACAUCGUACAUUUUAUAGGUGGAAGCAGGAAGCUCGGCAGGUGAUGGAAUACAUGCGAGACCAUUCUGAUGUACAGUAUGAAGACAUUGCUGCAGUUUUACCAGAUGUGACAUUUGAAGCUUUCCGUAAGUGGCAAUCGCUAAUUGCUGAAAGUGGAGCAUCUGUCAGUGCUUCUGAAAAAGAAGAUGAAGGUCACUCCACUAUGGUUCACAGUGGCAGAUUAAUGCAGCAUAGCUCUACCAAACAUUCAGAGCCUGCUAUCUCAGUUGGUGAACAUGCACGUGGUGCUGAGUCUGUUGCUGUAGGAUCACAGCAGGUAUGUGAGCUGGCAGCAGGAGAUGAAGAAGAUAUGGGAGGGAGCAAAGGAAGAAAGCAUGUACGAGAAGAGUUUAUCCAGGUGAUGCUAAAUCCCUCCAUGGACUAUGCACAGUUUGCCCAACAGUUCGGCACUGUGUCACAGAGAACAUUCUACCGAUGGCGCCGUCACAUUCGAGAGUGGCGUGCCUUCAUCCGUGAAAACCCAAACGUAGACUUUGCCUCGUUUUCUCAAACUGCUCGAGAUGUUCCAGAGAGUGUUUUUCGAAUAUGGCAGGCUUUGGAACAAGGCCCACAACAGUCAGAAAAAACUAUGGCAGAUUUAAUGGCUGGCAACUCUGUAUUUGAUAAUGGGCACACAAGGGUUCUUGACAAUGGACAAGGUGUUAUUACUAAUGACAUGAUUUCUUGUGUAGAUCCAGCUGAUAGUCCUCUGAAUCUUAUGGACUCAAAUUUAAGGGGAGACAACAACUUUGGCGAAGAUGAAGGCCACAAAGAAGCACAUCAGCAUUUCUUACAUCACCCAAAGCUAGAGUAUGAGGAGUUGGUGGCAGUAUACCCACAGGUGGCACCAGCAACUUUUCAACGAUGGAAAAAAAGUGUGGGAAUGAAGCUGGAAUACAUCCGUAGCAUUCGCAGCACUAACUAUCCAGACUUUCAUAGUCUUUUCCCAGAUGUGCCCGAAGAUGUCUUUAAUGUCUGGAAGGCCUUGGUACUUAAAGAACCCCGCCAUGCUGAUAAUUUCUUAUUUCUUGGCAGAGAUGACACUCAGGCAUCUCUGACUCAUCCUGCUCAUCCGUCAUCAUCUGCCCUUGGUAUGUCGGUACUACCGUCUCACUCAGCUGGGUUGUUAAGUCAUGAUAGCCAGUCGGAUUCAGAAUCUGGUACUCCAGUAUCUUCUGGCCAUCAUGUAUCUUUUGGUGGUUCAUCAUUGCCAUCUGCUGAAUCUCUGCAACAGCGCACAAGCCCAGCUCUUCCAAGCACCACAGGCAGGGAUGGAGAAAAAGUCAAAGGAGGUGUCACUGUGAGGGUGAAGACAGAGUCUCCUACUGCUCCCCUGCCAUCUUUUACAGAAACAGUGUCCAACCUGACACGUCUGAGUGCUAUGCUUCACCACCAUUUGCCACCUGGACUGCCAGAUCCUGCCCCAUUGCCGGCACCACCUACCUCUCUGACGUGUCACACAGCCACAGCAAGCUCGGGUAAUACUGGAAGCCAAGGAACGUUCUCCACUGUUCUAGCAGACAUAGUCAGUGGAAGCAUGCCAGCUGAUGUAACAGAUGACAGGGAAGAAGAAAUGCCACGCCUUUCCCAGCGACAGCGUAAAGUUCACCGUGUAGAAUACAUCUUUGUUCAGCAGAAUCCUGAUGUUGAUGUUCAGGAAUUUACCAAACGAUUUCCUGGUGUAUCCCCUAGGUCAUUCUACAGGUGGAAGCGAGAAAUUCGUGAGGAGCAAGAUGGGCAGACAUAGGCUGGUUUCACUAUUUGGAAUGGGCAAGAGGGUGUUUGCUCUUAUCACUUUGCAUGAAAUGGGUAGUUCAGGUGUUAAUAACAAGCUUUGACUUUUGUCACCAGCAGUUAGGGAUGAUGCCCAGAGGCUUGUUUAUGAAAAAAAAACUGCUUAUUUGAAUGUGUACAUAAAAGAGCCAAAAACUGAGCAAAAAGAGUGAAAAUACUAAAACUGAAGAAUCUGAUAUGUGUUGAAUUAUUAACCACAAAACUGUUACAUGUUUCCUAUAAGAUAUAGGAAAGAGAUUUUAUGAUGCUAAAGAUUUUAUUCAAGAUAAUAAUGAAGUUAGGUAUUUUGCUGUUGUACCUUUCCUGGUAUGCACAACAGCUAUAACACAUAAGCUGAAUAUAUGAAAGGAGUAAAAGGGAAACUAAACGCUCAUAAAAAAGAAGCUCUCACUGGAGCUUUUGGUGUGUAUACGCCUGCCUUUGAAAGUAGCUAUAAGCUGAAUGACUGCCUUACUCAGUUUGCAAACCACCCCGAGAUGAAUCCAGGGCAUGUGACUGAAUGAGACUGUUGCAGACUGCUGGCAGUAGUUGGUGUUGCACUUGGCCUGUAUAUAUAUAUAUGAUGUAAAUGGCUUCCUUGACAAUUCUCUGGAACCUCAGGGCCUCACAGUCUGAUCUGAUCAGGCUGGGAGAAGACUGCCUGUUGUUAUGCAAAUGUUCUUCCACUGGUUAGGACAUCUUUCCAUUCUUUUCUUCAAUUUUCUGUCCCCCCCCCCCCCCACGUGUGCUUGGUCGCAGUUGUGGCACUUGAUGUGAUGGAGGUUACCUGACUUGUGCAACUUGUCAGUCUUGUUUUUGGGUGCCAUUAGUCAGAUCUAGAUGGUAUCACACAACUUGGCAUGGACCGUGACCCUGUCCUGAACUUAUGAAAGAUAGCUUCUGUGACCUUGACAUAGGGUACAAAUCCGGAUGGAUACACAUAGUAAGCUCCAGUGACUGCCUCUUUUUUCUUGAGCGUGAAGGUGUUUUCUCUAGUUUUUCUUCUACCAUGUCCUCACUUUAAGCGCUAAAGCUAUCAUUCUGUCACAAUAAGGAAAACUUGUUAAAAAAGGGUGUUAUGUAAUGAGAAUAAACAGUGAACACAGCUGAGAACAAUAAAUUAGCAACCCCAGAUAGCAAAGAAAGUGCUGUACUAGAUUGUUUUGUGUGUCUAUAUAGCAGUGAUGUCCAACCUUUUUUGGCUUGCGGGCCAUACACAUUUCUGACGUGUGUCACGGGCCGCUUUACCAUAAAAAUACAAAAAAA